AUGGCCGCUGCCAAUUACGACGACCCUUUUGGAGAUUAUGAUGUACCUGCUUUGGGCCAAGUUGGAUUUGACUUGUCUCCUAGCCCGGCAGAUUCUGGUCCAAACUCAAUCCACCCUCCCCUUCAAGUGUCACUGGAAGCUUCACCAUAUCCAUAUACACCUAUCCUCAAUUGCAAUAGCAAAUUCGAUGGUCUAUCCCCCUGGGCUCAUAUUCAAACAGCGAGCAGCCCUAGUAGCACCAGUACCCCGCUACCUCCCACCGACCUGAGUAGCACCUACAAUGGUCUUUCUCGGCAGGUCCCAUCCGAAUCGAAGCGGAAAUCAAAGCUAUUGAAUGAAGCCGUGCCAAACAAGCGACCCAAGUCCGCACACAGUCAGAGACACUCCAAACACACUGCGAUGAACCGCAAGACCGGUGCGUGCCUACCUUGCCAGAUGAGAACAAACAAGCACGUUUGUCUGCCGGGUCCGGAUCAGGAUGGUCCAUGCCAAGCUUGUCUGAAAAGGGCUCAAACUCCGAGUCUCAGUCCUGUACCUUGUCGCAGGGCUAGAUUCCAAGAUGUUAAGCUCAUCCGCCUGGGACCGUCAAGAGAUUUUGCCACUACACUCAGAUGGCUGAAAGAUCUAAAACCUUCAUCGGAUCCUCAGAAAGCGGAGUGGAAAAAACUUACAAAUAUGGCCGUAAAGAAGUCUCGGGGGACGGAUCACGGUUACACCGAAUUGCGGCUAUCGCAAGGCCACUCAGAGGGCACUUUGAACCUCCGGGUCCAAGAAUUCGAUCCCGUUGAAAGCGACAAAACAGUCUAUCAAUGGAUCGAUAACGGUAUUACUCAUGUUUAUCGUUGUCCCCAUUUCGCCAUUGCAGAUAGAGAUCAUGCGGCAGACCAGGUUCGGCAAUUCAUUGACUCGAAUUCGGGCGAGUACGUCGAUCGACUCCUGCCCGCUAGCAGUGAGCCCAGGGCAGCGUUUGCCCGCAUGGCGUUCCAAACGGCUGUUAAUCGUGCUCAGAAAUCUUCCCUGCUUGAAAUGACGAUCAAGUUCUGGGUUGCAGGUCGUCUUAUCGAGAAACCUUGGAGUAUCCAGGGUCAGGAGUCUUUGGGCAUGAGACUUGACACUUGCCCAGCAAGCCCGUAUUCCCGUCGCAUUCCCGUCACUCCCAUCAUGGACUUUCAGAUCGAUAAUAUUGUCAUUUACGACUAUCUUGAGGUCGUGCUGGGCCGCAUCCGGAAAGCAAUGAAGCAGAGGAUCAUGCCCACGAAGAAAGAAGACUGGUUUGACAUUCAUCUGGCGACCUUCAUUCUACUACACCAUGUUGACUUAACUAUGAAACAUGAUGUUGACUUCGCACAAGAUCAUAAUCUACACAAGCGCUUCUCCAACCGACCGCUAAUUGAGAUGAUCACCUUUGGUGCCAAUUCCUUGCUCAGCUUUCAUCAACAAGAGAAAGGCCACUUUCCGCUGUCGGCGCCCAAGUGGACCGAUGUCGAAUCGAGUUACACAUUUGACGAGACUCAGAAGAAUUAUCUGCUAGAAGCUAGGAGACUUAUACAGCAGAUCCAACUUCCUCAGAUACCUGGUACCGAGCUGUUCUGGACUUCACAAGUAUACGACCGUAAUUGGCAACCAGCAACCGUAGAAGUCUGUUAA